AUAUAAUACCAUCAGACGAGAGCACACACACAGAUCAAGGGCAAAGAAGAGGCAAGAUGGCUUUCAAAAUCACAGUUCUUCUGUCCGUGUUUAUGCUCACGUACCUUUUGGCUCCUUUGGUCUUUACUUCAGACAUCCAGAAGCCCUAUCCUAUUUCACUACUUGUAUACAACUCACUCACCAACCAGAAGAAUUUGACCUUCACCACUGACAUUGCAUACAGAGGGAUCUUGCUUGGAGCUAUGAGAAAGAUCCAAGAAGCAGACAGUGAUUUUAAAUUCACCGUAGAAGAGAAUACAGACUAUGGUCCAUACCUUGUAAGUGUGAACGGAGUGGCAGGGAACAAUGCUGAACAUACGUACUGGGAGCUUCUUGUCAAACUGCAGGAUGGCACCAUAAUACGUCCUGAUGUGGGUGUUGGAUGUUAUAUACCAAACCCACAUGAUACAGUUAUCCUCAAAUUCACUAAAUGGUAAUCCAAAGAAGCUCUAAUAGUGCUGUAAUCGAGCUAGGGUCUUUCAUCCUUGACAAACACAAAGCACAAUACAUUGUGGUAAAUGGCAUCAAAAAAUUGUAUGAUUCCUCUUUAAUAAAAUCAUGUUAAAAUAUCUUACUAUAUGUAAGCCAUUUUUGUCAUAUUAAAAGCAAAAUUUACUGCACAUGGUCAUUAGGAAAUAUAUUUAGGAAAUUAUUUAACUCAUGUUAUGCACACUCUAUUGUGCAAGCCCUUAAUGUCUUUUGCAAAAACUAUUUUUUGCCAAAUUUGGCUUGAAACAUUUCUUAUUGGGGUCUAACAAUGGGGUCUAACACUUUUCACCACUGACUAUAAGCUUAACCUGUUUUGUUUUUUUUUGACAACUUAGUAAUCACUUCCAAGUUACUAUGUCCAAUGUGAAAGCACGUGCCUUAUGAAAACAAGGAAAUAGUUCUUCCUUGCAACUCCAGUUAAUGUGGGACCUAAAAAUGUAAAGUCAAUCAAAUAAUUGUUGCAUAAACUUAUUUUGAAUAUUCAUUAAUUAUUUUAUAUGCAGUAUUGCAUUGCUGUCCCUCAGAAUCUACAUCAAUGAUAAGAUGAAAUAAUAGCGGCUAAUGGUAAGCUACUUGAAAGUUAAUUAAACUGUACAUUAACCAGACAGUAACCAUCUGUUACUUAUAUUCACAAAUCCACUGUAGACUGAAUAGUUAAAGUAUCACCCUUUAUUACAUCUAUAUCACAUCUAAUUGUCAAUAUUAAUCAAACGGUAGUUGCAGUUUAUCAGAACACACUGAUGCUAUAAUUGGACAGAUAAACUGCCCAUGACUGGUAUAAUGCCAGAGUGAAUCUUUGGAGCAAGUGAACAAUUUUAUCACAAUUUUAUAAACACAUUAAUCUGACCACUGUAAGAAAAAUGAACAUAAAUUAAUCCUAAUCUUUCAUAGAUACAGUAAAUAGAUUUAGAGCAUCAUAUUUUAGCUGCUAUGUUGGUAACAACAAUUACUAUAGUAAAAUGAUUAUGAAUAGUUUAAAUGUAUAGUAAAAUGAUUAUGGUUUGAUUGCCACCUCUUUGCAUGCUCUCCUUGUGCUUCGGGGGAUUCCUCCAGGUACCCUGGUUUCCUCCCCCAGUCCAUGUUGUGGGCUGAUUGGUAUUUGCAAAUUGUCUGUAGUGUGUGAAUGGGUGUCUGAGUGUGUGUGUGUGUGUGUGUGUGUGUGUGUGUGUGUGUGUGAUUGUGCCCAGCCAUAGGCACUUUGUGCCCUGAGUUCCCUGGUGCUUUAGGCUCCCAGCGACCCUAGGCACCCUGUGUAGGAUAAGUGGUACAGAAAAUGGAUGGACGACUUUUUUCAGUGACUAUUACACUGAUAAGUGUGACGCGCUCAUGUACUUGAUGCAAAUUGUUUAUCUUAAUCUUUAAAGGUGUGGUAUAUUUUUAACCAAUCGUGAUAUAUUUAUAACAUUGCCCUUUCUGACUGUUUAACUGAAAAUGAAUAAAAUAAGAUGUUAGAAACAGGGGGGAAUGACAUUUUAUCUUACUAAAACCAAAUCUAUGGUUCAUUUUCUCCUCCUGUAGUAAACUUGUGGUAUUUCUUCACCUCUCA